GUCUUUAAGCUUAAAUCAAAUAUGACUUGUAAAGAUCUAAGUAAAGAUUUAAUGCAGAGGUAUGCUGUUGAGGCCUCUAGGUGGAAGUUAUUCUAUUUAAGGAGAAAAACUAUUGAUCUGUUGAGGGGAACUGUGGAAGAUAAUUAUGCCAAGCUGAGGAGGUAUGUACUUGAAUUGAGUAGAGCUGACAAAGAAGGUAGGUUUGAACUACAUGUCGAUGUAGGUGUUAUAUUCAAGGCAAUGUACAUUGGAUUUAGUGGUUUGAGAAACGAUAUUAAGGAGGGAUGUAGAAUGGUGAUUGGAUUGAAUGGGGCAUUCCUGAAGACAUACCUGGCUGGCAUAUUGUUAUCGGCAGUGGGAACUGGAGGGAACAAUCAAAUGUAUCAUAUUGCUUGGGCAGUGGUUGAAGUUGAGAACGAGGUUUGCUGGACUUGGUUCAUUAACAUUCUAGUGGAAGAGCUGAACUUGAGUGAAAGAGUUGAGAUUACUAUCAUAAGUGAUCAGCAAAAGGGGCUUCAGAAUGCAGUAAAGGAGUUUAUCCUAUUGGCUGAGCAUAGAAAUUGUGCAAGACACAUCUAUACCAAUUAGAAAAAAAAUCACAAAGGUCCUAAAUUGAAGCAGCUUUUUUGGAAGUUGGUUAGAAGUACCUACAUGCAGGAGUAUGAAUUGGCAUGCCGGGAGUUAGAGAAGGAAGAUGGGCAAGCUUUUGCAUAUUGAAUGGACAAGAACCCGAGCAGAUUCAGCAAGGCAUUCCUCAUGCCAACACAAUGCUUUGAUGCAGAGACGAAGCCAAGAUUUUACGGUUGGAGGGUCCAAAUAAAAAAUU